AUGGCCGGAACGAGUGUCGACGAAGCCCAAAACUAUUGUCUCAAGAGAAGGAAGACAGAUGACACUGCAUCUGCUCAGAAGCAACGAGAGGCUUUGAACAGAGUGAGUGAGUAUCCGAGGAGAGAAGAAGAAGAGACGAAAGUCGGCGUCGUGAGUGGUAAUAGAGCCGGUCCAAUUCAGGCCAGACCAGUCCAGUCACGUAUUAUAAAUGACUGA